GGACCGUCGGCCGAGCGAGCUGCCCCUGCCGACGGCGGGGCGCCGGGACCGACGAGACGCGAGAGACGUCGAACCGAUGCAGUUGUCUGCUGUCGGCAGUGAGCGGCGCAGGCCGACAGGGGACGUGUCUCCGUGAUAUUCCCCGCUCGUGACGCACACAGAGUGAGGCUGCACGGUGCUGCGGGAGGUUCAUUGCUCGAGAAAGGCUAAGAGGCUUUGUGAGAUUUCAGUGAACAUUGCGGAGUGGUGAUCUGUGCCAGCGUCCGGACACGACAAUACUUUAUAGCUGAAGGUCACGGGUCGUUUCUGUUUAUACCUCUCUCCGCUCUCGGUCCUUGGGUUUCGCACCGUGAGGUGAGCUCUCCCACACUUGUGGACUCCGGCGAUCAGGCGCUGCCAUGGUCGAGCUGCGCUCUCACAGUGUCGAACGGACUACCCUGGAGCCGCCGCCCGCCGGCGGUAUGGUCUCCAGACAGAGUAGCACUGUCAGCCGCAGAAAGCGGGGCCGCCGCUCGCGCUCGGCACCCCGUCUCAGCGACUCCAACAAGCCCAAGAAGCACAACAAGUACCUGGACACAGCGAGCAGCUCGAUCAGCGCGCUGCCGGGUCGGAUACAGCUGACCAUGCUCAACAGCGGACUCAUCCCCAUCGCGGAAGAGGACAAAGCCAUUCGUGCUAUCCCGAGGAAACCGAUAGAGAAAAACAACUUUAUCAAGUACUGUGAGCAGCACAGAAAAUAUCCGAUACUCUUCAAAGUCGAAUUUCAGCACGCGGGACGGGUGGAGGCACAUCCCACAAGACAUGGCAUGAAGACGUGCAAUGAGACCAAAAAUCAGAAUCAUCGCAUCGUUCCUUAUGACUACAACCGAGUGGUGCUGGAGCCGCGGCGGGACCCUGACUCACCCGACUCCAUCGAGUCCGACUACAUCAACGCCUCCUACGUGGACAGUCUGCUGAAGCCGAACGCGUACAUCGUGACCCAGGGACCGAACGAGCGCACAGUGCCCGACCUGUGGCGAAUGGUCUGGAAGGAGCGGUCGCCCUGCAUCGUCAUGCUCACAAAAACGUUCGACUUCAUAAAGGUGAUGUGCGUCCAGUACUGGCCGGUGCAGCUCGACAAGGAGGAAUCCUACGGAGGAAUGCACGUCACCGUCCUCAAGGAGGAGCAGCUGGCCAACUUUGUCAUCCGCAGCAUCCGUCUGCGCCACGGCAACGAGGAGCGGUCGAUUCUUCAGUUCCAUUACACCGAAUGGCCGUGCCACUCGUGUCCAUUCUCGAACGCGAUCCUCGAGUUCCGGAGACGAAUGCGCAUCUGCCUGAGUAACCGCGUUCCGGACCUGGACGGACCCAUCAUCGUCCACUGCAGUGACGGCGCCGGCCGGUCGGGCGUCUUCCUGGCCAUCGACGCCAACAUCGAGCUGGCAGAGGAGGACGGCGUGUUCGAUGUCUACGGCUACCUGAAGAAGAUCCGCCAGGCGCGCCGCGGACUGAUCGAGACCGUGGACCAGUACAAGUUUGUGUACGACACGCUGGAGGAGUACGUCAGCUGCGGCUACUCGGCGUUCCCCGUCUCGGAGCUGUCCCAGCGGCUCAAAGAGAAGGCCGUGCGAGUCACCGGCGGAGACAAACUCAACGACUACCAGCGCGAGUUCCUGCAGAUCUGCCGACAGGUGCCCAAGUUCACCAUCGGCGACUGCGCCGGCGGCCACCGCGCCGACAACCGGCACAAGAACAGGGACGUCAUGAUCGUGCCGCCGGACAAUUUCCGGCCUUACCUGACCUCGUUCCAAGGGAACGCCGCCACCGACUACAUCAACGCUGUGUUUGUCGACGGCUACUCUCACCCGCGCGAGUACAUAGUGACCGAGUGGGUGCUGCCGCCGUCGGUGGCCGACCUGUGGUCGCUCGUGUACGACUACGACUGCGCUGCCGUGGUGGUGCUCUGUAACCCAGACGCCUCGCCGAACUUCCCUCCGUUCUGGCCAGAGACGACACGCUCGCGCCGGUACGGCACAGUGUUCACGGUGGAGCACAUCUCCCACCAGCACUACCAGAACAUCAAGUCCUGGAUCUUCCGCAUCAACAAAAAGAUCGUCUCUCUGACGGAGCUGAUGGCCGGCGUCAAGGCUGAGUCCAAGACGUGCCAGCUGUUCCAGCUGACCUGCUGGCCGGCCGGCUACAAGGUGCCCACCUCCACCAACGCGCUCGUCGAGCUCAUGAACAUGGUGGAGCGGUGGCGGCAGCGCUCCGGAUAUGGGCCCGUCGUCGUCGUGUCGCCUGACGGUCAGUGCCGGGCGGGCGUGUACUGCGCGGCCAACGCGUGCAUCGAGCAGGUGAUCCAGCACGGCGAGGUGGACGUGUUCCAGGCAGUCAAGACGGUCCGCCGACACCGGCCGCAGCUCAUCUCAAACAUGAUGGAGUACAAGUACUGCUACGACCUGGUUCUGCACUAUGUGCUGCACUAUCUGAACAAGGAUACAUCCACACAUUAGUUGGUGACGUCAUCAGGAGUUGGUCAAAACACCACGUGACGUCACAGACUCAUCAUGUCAUCCAGAACACCCGUUGAUGUCUGGUGGAUAAAUGGAGUUUUAGUUUGUAAAACACAACAAAUUUACUGUUGUUAGAAUUAGAGGAUGUAAUAAUUCAUCUCAUUUUACUGACGCGGACUACCUAAUUCAUCAUCAUGACGGGUAGUUUUCACACUCAUAGAAUACGGCAUUAAUUAAGAAGAAACAUUGGCUAGUUGAGCCGCUGCGUAGUUAUGGCGCCGUUUUACCCCUGUAGUUUGGCCUAAUCGUUAGAACGCGCAGUCCCAUGAUGGUCAAUUUGGAGACCACCCAUUAUAUUCGAUAAGGAGAACGUUGCUUUUAAGGUAAUGCACAUACCAAGAGCGCUAUUUGAGCCUCUGACAUUUGGUGCGCGCUUGUGACCCCAAUGUGAUGCAGCUAUUGUUGACUGCGUGGUGAAGCAUUUUAAAAGCUACUGCAGCUGAAGUGUUAGCCAGUGUUGGUCAUGUUUAUUGUUCCAGGUGAGCUUAUAUGACAUUAAUUGUGCGGUUAUGUAUCAAGCACAUGCCUACAUUAUUUGUAUAUACAUGAUCUGUAUGUAGAACAUAGCACUGAUGAUACGAGGCAUUUUAUAUAUUGUAUUAGACUUAAGAAACCACUUACGCGUUAAGUUCCGCACUUAAUCUACCCACCUAAUGUUUUUGGUAGUUGGACAUACGUAACACGUAUUUUCACGUUCUUGCAAACAGCUUGGCCGACGAGAACGAUACUUCGAGUCUACAUACGGCGAAUUUUGUGUCUCGUAAGCUUGUCAAGUUUUAUACGGUGUUUGAGCAUGUGUUCCACCUUCCAAUGCAACUUAUCGACAGCAAGCGCAAUGUACGGUAUAAUACCGAGCCGGUGAGAGUGAGCGCGUUUUCUCCGUUUGAAAGGCGUGUUCCUGGUUGUGAAAUGUUUUACUGCAUGCUAUGGUUCCGUCAUCCGUGCACCUGCGGUGGGAGUCUGUGUUCACUGGCACGACCGAUGAACACAGACUGUCGGGCCCGUUCUAGGCUUAUACGGGAUAUUGUUGCGAAGGUCAUGCAUGUAGUUUACCCUCAGCGAUAUUGCACGAAGUGACUGACAACACCGCGUUAGUUAUUCAAGGAUAUCGAAAAUAAAUAUAUCAUAAAAAU